UUCUAUCUGAGCUCUCUCCAAUACAAACACCUAGAAACCAUUGUUGAAGGCUGUGGACUGACGACUCACCGUAAAAUGAGAGAGUGGUUCAACGAGACUGUGUUGAUGGAACGGCCCUGGCCAGAGGCAGAGAGGUGGCUGCUGGUGGCUGUGUUGGGACUCGAGAUGGUCAUGGGAGUUAUGGGAAACUGUCUCGUUCUGCUGGUCAAAGUCAUGUGCAGGAAUCAGUUCUGCUGUCGUUAUUGGCUUCCUUUCCUCAGUCUCACCGUGUCAGAUUUAGGCUGCUCCCUCCUCAUCAUCUCCGGCUCCCUGUUUGCCAUGCUGACAGGAGGUCAGAGGUCACCGUGGUGUGAGGUUGUCAGCCUGCUUAAGUUCGCCUUCAUCACCUCCUCUAUAGGGAGCAUAGCUAUCCUCUGUGUGCAACGGCUGAUUGGCUUGGCCUCCACAGGAAGUGCUCUCUUUGUUGUCAUGGCGACAGCCUGCUUGGCUUCUUGGGUGAUAGGGGUGGUGUUCGGAAGCGUCCCUGUUGUCUACGCAUGGAUCAGGUAUGACCCCGCAGAGAUGCUGUGUGCUGUCUUCUGGGAGAACAGCUACUCAGACAUGUUGGUCUACAUUCUCUGUGCUUUCUCCGUCUGUAUCUUCCUCCCCGUCCUCCUCAUCUUCUUCUGCUCUCUACUGAGUGCCACCAGCUGCCACUCAAGCUGCAACAGUGAUGAUGAAGCCGAUCUAUCAGCAGUCAGUCCUCUGCUGGUGUCCUCCUACAUGCUCUGCUACACUCCCUUUGUUGUGUCUGAGCUGAUCCUGCUGGGCAGGAUGGACCUGUCACCGGCACCUGAUUGGUUAAGGACACUGUCCUCAGUGAUGUCCUACCUGGACUGUAGUCUGAACCCUCUUAUUUAUUACUCACAUCAAGACUUCCGGGAGGCGGGCCUGGCCCUGCUGUGGACCAAUAGGAAACCUUCGUCAGAGCCUGUCCUCACUUCUAUCACUAAACAUGACAUGUAAACAUGUGAGGGGUUCUACAUUUAUUCCAAACAUUUCAAGAACCGAACAAAGACAUAUCCCAUAACACUGUAUUUAUUUGAGGACAGUUUGGAAAUAUUGGCAUGGUUUUUUUGAUUACAGGGAAAUGAAAGGCCAUUCUUUGUAUAUAGGAUCAAUUUUUAUUUUAUUUUUAUUUUUAACAUGUUUGAAGUAUAGAAAUAUAUAUUCUAUUUGCUGUUGCAUUUUGUUAUUCAAUUAAAAGUUGAAAAUGUUGAAAUGUUUUGAUUAAAGUUUUAUCAAAAUCUUAUCAUUGUGGAUUUAAAACAUAAAGAUCCAGUUAAGACACAAUACAUUUUCUAUACAUUUAAUAAGUCUGAAAUGUUGUCAGUUUCUGAGUUUGUGAAACACAGAUGUACUUGCUAUACAUUCUUAAUAUGGAUUGUAUGAAGAGUAUAUUGUGUCAGAGGUUCCUUUAUUUUACUUCGUAGGUAACAAUAGUAACGUUAACGUUUUGUUUUCAACAUAU